AUGUCACUAUCACGAACAGUUAUGCAUAAACUUCAAUUCGCUCGUGGUAUCGGUCAGCGAGAAAUGCUCCGUGCGAAUACAUUGCCGAGUAUCACCAGAGCUAAGGUUGGUUGCUUCGCACGUAUGGGAAUCUAUGAGGAGAAUGCACGAUUUAUUCUAAUCUCGUUGCUUCUUGUACUUUAUCUAAUUUUUGGUGCUAUUUUAUUCCACUAUGUUGAACGAGAAAACGAAGUUGACGAACGACGUAAGGUAAUGAGUAUGAUGGGCGCUUGCCCCCGAAUGGACAUUAAAGUUCGCUACUUCAUGGGAGUAUAA